GCUGUUAUGUCACACAACACACACACACACACACACACAUUAUCAGUGGUAUAAAACAGCCAUUUUCCCAUAUUUUGUGUUGAAGAUUCAUCUUACUGCGAAUUUUCUGAUCUUCUAAUCUCAUUGUUGCUACUGAACUCCAGAAAAUACUGAAAACAGAAUCUGACAGAAAGAGAAAACAGUAUUCUCAGGUUGUUUUCAGCAUCUGCUCUUAACUAGAUCUACUAGAUCAUCUGAGAGAUUCGACUGAAUCAAGAUGCUGCUGAUCAUUGAAGCUCUUCUUCUCAUUUUAGCUGCUCUAGGACAGGAUCAUAGAGCACCUGCUGCCACAAGAAAGAUUUACACAUUGGAUAUGGCACCAAAUUCUGUUGAUGACCAACAUAACGGCUGCAGAGCGAAAAUGGGAUAUUUGGUGACAACAAAAUUUCUGCGGAAGGAAAUCAAAAAAUCUACUGCAUUUAAAAAGACUUGGCUUCGUGGUGAAUAUAAAGUCAAGGAUCCAGAGGAUAAUUUGAAAGUGAUUCAUUCAGUAGCAAUUUAUGUGUACACUAGCAAAAAUUUUGUUGUAUAUCGAAAGUUCAACAACGCUGUCCGUAGUGAGAAACAAAAGUACAAAGACGGUACAUUCUCAUGGUAUUCACUUUACUUUUUGUUAACAGAUGCAACACAGAUUCUGAAGAAAACACAACCUAAAUGCUAUUUAACAUAUCGUGGUACUAGAGUUAAAUUUGCUAAGGAUGUUGUGAACAAAGAGAUUCGUUUCGGCUCAUUUACAUCCUCCUCUUUUGAUAAAGCAGUAGCAAGGCGUUUCAGACCUAGAUCUUGUUUUGAAAUUGAAACUUGUAAAGGUGUUAAUGUGAUAAAAUACUCUAAGUAUCCUAAACAGAAAGAGGUGUUGAUUCCUCCGUAUGAGAAGUUUAAAGUCACUGCUGUCAAGACGAAAGGGCAGAAAGGAGCCUGGUGUGACACUGUGUUCAUUCUGGAAAGCACUGGAACAGUAAGUUACCUGAACUGUGUUGUUGAUGUAAAACUAGUUAAAGACAGGGCCAAACUUUAAAUCUUCGUCCACCAUGUUUCUUCAAAGUAAAGAUCUACUAUUAUAUAUGAUUAUUUGAUUAUUAUUUGAUUGAACUGUCAUAAAACUUAUAAUCUAAUGUUUCAACUUUGUCUUCUUUAGAUAAACUCUGUAGGCUAUGGGAAAUCUGAGUAGGCAAAAAAAAACUCUAUUCUAUUUACAUGAAGUAAUUAUAUGAAAGCAUCAUCUAAAACACACUCUCUAUGCAACUGACUAUGCAUUCUCUAUGUAACUCUUGUAAUAAAUACAUAAAACUUUAUUUUUAUAAGGAUCCUAAACAAUUAAAUAUGUUGAAUGAUAAUGCGUCUCUUCAAACUUAUAUUUGUUUUUUUUGUUUUUUUUUUUGACAAAAUGAUAUCAAUAGUUUUAUUUAUUUAUUUUACUGACUGUGAAAAAAAAAAAAAUACCUGCUACAACUUUAAAGUUUGUGUUUGGUUAAAGCACCACCCACUGGUCAAAGUGUAUACAUGACUUCAGACAUUUAAAGUGGUAGUUCUCCCCCCAAAUUAAUUUAAUUAAUAUAUAUGAAUGAAUAAUAGAAAUAUAUUUUAUAUAACUCAGCGAAUUGUCUCAAAGACCUGAUGGAUUUAUAUAUAUAUAUAUAUAAUCAGGUCUUUGAGGGAGGCAAUUCGCUGAGUUUACGUUCAUAAUUGUGAAGCAAUCCUGUUCAAACCCCAGAUAGAAUUUGUUUUCUUUAUUUUAUAAAAGCACAACGUUUUGUUUAAAUUCUGAAUGCAGACAAAUUUGAACUAGCCCCUUUACAGUUUAGAAUGAAGUAUUAUUCUUACAUUUACGAAAAAAAUGACUGUGUAUUUAGUUGUUUUCUUUUAUAAAUUUACUUUAUACAAAAAAAAAAAAAAAACUUUUCCAUUAGAUACAAAACUAAACUAUUUGACAAACAUGAUUAUAAAAAAGUUGGGACACAUUUCAAAUUAGACAAAAAAGGAAUGGAAAAAUGUACACAUUUGACAAAAUGAUCAACAAAAUGAUCAACCUUAAUAUUAAGUAUUAAAUAUAAGCUGUUUAAUUGUCUGUUCAUUUAUAUGAGGUUUGCUAAUUCUGCAGCUUCAAGUAAAUAACAUAUCUAAACAUGAAGCGGAGGCGUUUUCCCUGGGCCAAGGCUCAUUUAAAAUGGACUAUGGCAAAUUGGAAAACUGUUCUGUGGCCAGACGAAUGUCACGAAUCAAAAUUUGAAGUUCUUUUUAGGAAACUCGAAGCCAUGUCAUCCGUACUAAAGAGGACAAGAACAAACAUGUUGUUAUUAGUACUCAGUUCAGAAGCCUGCAUCUCUGAUGGUGUGGGGUUGCAUGAGUGCGUGUGUCAUGGGCAGCUUACACAUCUGGAAAGGCACCAUCAAUGCUAAAAGAUAUAUCCAAGUUCUAGAACAACAUAUGCUCCACAUCCAGACGUCGUCUCUUUCAGGGAAGACCUUGCAUUUUCCAACAUGACAAUGCCAGACCACAUACUGCAUCAAUUACAACAUCAUGGCUGCAUAGAAUAAGGAACCGGGUACUGAAAUGGUCCAGAUCUUUCACCCAUAGAAAACAUUUGGUGCAUCAUAAAGAGGAAGAUUCGACAAAGAAGAACAAAGACAGUUGAGCAACAAGAAGCCUGUAUUAGACAAGAAUGGGACAACAUUCCUAUUCCUGAACUUGAGCAACUUUUCUCCUCAGUCCCCAGAAGUUUGCAGACUGUUAUAAAAAGAAGAGGGGAUGGCACACAGUGAUAAACAUGGCCGAGUCCCAACUUUUUUUAAGAUGUGUUGUUGAUGCCAUGAAAUUUAAAAUCAACCUUUUUUCCCUUAAAAUUAUUAUUUUUCUCAGUUUAAACAUUUGAUAUGUAAUCUAUAUUGUAUUCUGAAUAAAGUAUUGAA